AUGUGCAAUCCAAACACCACACCCACCAUCACCACUGAUCAAAAACCCUCACACCCACCAACGAAAACCCAUUUCUAUCUUGAUCUGCUACCACCACUCACCACCCCAAAACACCCAGAAACAACCGUAAAACACGGAGAAAAGCCAACCCAAUUCUCUCUCCCAACCCCCUCAGAAAUCAUCAAUGAAACCAAAGCACUAUUCCACCUUUCUUUUCCCAUCGCUCUCACAGCUCUAAUCCUCUACUCUCGUUCUAUCCUCUCCAUGCUCUUCUUAGGUCACCUCGGUGACACAGAGCUCGCCGCCGGCGCUUUAGCCAUCGCCUUCGCAAAUAUCACCGGAUAUUCAGUACUUUCCGGCCUGGCUUUAGGCAUGGAACCUCUCUGUUCACAAGCUUUUGGAGCGCAACGGCCAAAGCUUCUCUCUCUAACAAUGCAAAGAUCAGUCAUUUUUCUUCUCUUUUCUUCAAUACCCAUCACAUUCCUCUGGCUCAACAUUUCAAAAAUUCUUCUUUAUUUACACCAAGACCCCAAUAUCACCGGCUUGGCUCACACAUAUCUAAUCUUCUCACUACCUGACCUUUUGACCAACUCCCUCAUUCACCCAAUAAGAAUUUACCUUCGCGCACAAGGGAUCACCGUCCCCGUAACAUUGGCAACUCUCUCCGGAACGGUGUUGCACUUGCCGGUCAAUUACGUGUUCGUUUCAUGUCUCCGGCUAGGCGUGGCUGGUGUCGCCGCUGCAUCCGCCGCGUCGAAUUUCAUUGUUUUGUUGGCGCUUGUAACGUACGUGCGGGCGAAUGACUUACACGCCCCAACGUGGACGAAACCGAGCCGAGAGUGCUUGACUGGCUGGAAGCCGUUGAUUAAGCUGGCAGCUCCGAGCUGUAUUUCGGUGUGUCUCGAGUGGUGGUGGUACGAGAUCAUGAUCGUGUUGUGUGGGCUUUUAGUGGAACCCAAGGCCACGGUGGCCUCCAUGGGUGUUUUGAUCCAAACCACAUCGUUGUUAUAUAUAUUUCCGUCGUCACUUGGGCUUGCUGUGUCAACUCGGGUGGGUAAUGAACUCGGUGCGAAUCGACCCAAUAAGGCUCGGGUCUCAGCUAUGGUGGCGAUACAUAUAGCGGGCCUAAUGGGUCUAUUCGCCAUGAUUUUCGCAUCAUCAACGAGGGAUAUAUGGGCCAGGAUGUUUACAGAUAAUAUGGAGAUCCUACGGUUCACAUCUGCUGCUUUGCCAAUAUUAGGACUAUGCGAGCUUGGGAAUUGUCCUCAGACCGUUGGAUGUGGGGUUGUACGUGGGACUGCUCGUCCGACCACCGCAGCGAACGUGAACCUCGGAGCAUUUUAUCUUGUGGGCAUGCCCGUGGCAAUUGGACUUGGGUUUUGGGUAGGGGUUGGAUUUUGUGGGCUUUGGAUUGGGUUGCUUUGCGCCCAAGUUUGUUGUGCUGGGUUAAUGUUGUAUGUUGUUGGGACUACGAAUUGGGAUUAUCAAGCCCUGAGAGCACAAGUGCUCACGUGCACAGGACUCG